CAAUAACAAAUGUCAAAAAUUCAUAUCCUUGACGUGUCUGGUUCCAAAAUUUUGGUUUCAAUGUUGAUAUUUCUUUAAAAAACGUAAUGUUUCACUGAUAUAGCUUGUGGUUUGUAUUUAAGUGGACUUAGGAAACAAUACUGAAAUGGAUUUCCUGAAAAGCGGCUUGAAGACCGUGCUGGGGGCGCCGGAGCCUGGACAACAGCCGUCUGGAGCAGACACGGUGGAGCGCCUAGUGGAGCGCGUGAACAACUCGACGCUGCUCGAGGACCGGCGCGACGCGUGCCGUGCGCUCAAGGCCAUGUCGCGCAAGUACCGCGUGGAAGUCGGCGCGCAGGGCAUGCACACGCUGCAGCAGUGUUUAGAACUGGACCGAGCGGACAACGAGACGAUCAACUACUGCCUUGACACUCUCAACAACAUCAUGUCCCCGACUCAGUUCGAAGAAGAAGAAGAAAACCCCAAUGUACCCAUGAACAUCGGAGAACAGUUCACAGAGAUGUUCAUAAAAAACCAUCAGAAUAUUCAACUGGUGUUGGACCUUCUUGACGAAUAUGACUUCAGAGUUAGAUUCUCAGCCGUACAGCUAUUGACGUCGUUGUUAACCAAUAGGACGAAAGAUAUACAAGAGAUUAUUCUAGUCAAGCCUAUGGGGGUGUCCAAAAUGAUGGAUCUGCUUGCUGAUACGAGAGAAGUUAUUCGCAAUGAAACGCUUUUACUGCUAAUUAAACUGACCAAAGGCAACGCGAAUAUACAGAAGAUUGUAGCAUUUGAGAACGCAUUUGACAGACUAUUUGAGAUAGUUUCAAGUGAAGGCUACUCUGACGGCGGCAUCAUCGUCGAAGACUGUCUACUUCUAAUGCUGAACUUACUAAAGAACAACAGCAGCAACAUAAACUUCUUCAAAGAGGGCAGCUUCAUACAGAAAAUGCUUCCAAUGUUCAACACACCGGACGAGGAAGAAGUCGGCUGGUCUCCGCAGAAAGUCUCCAACGUUCACUGCAUGCUCCAAAUAGUUCGAACCCUAGUUUCACCCAGCAACUCUGCGCAAAUCAUUUCUAGUUGCCAAAAAAUCAUGAAGAACUGUGGCCUUCUAGACUCCUUAUGUAACAUACUGAUGGCUAGUGGGGUGCCGGCGGAUAUCCUGACGGAGACGAUCAAUGCGGUGGGGGAGGGGGUGCGGGGGGAGGCGGCGGCGCAGCGCGCGCUGGGGGCGGUGCUGGCGCCCUCCAACCCGCCGCGCCCCGCCAUAGUGGUGCUGCUCAUGUCUAUGGUCAAUGAGAAGCAGCCGUUCUCUUUGAGAUGCGCGGUGCUAUACUGCUUCCAGUGCUACCUGUAUCACAACGAGACCUCCCAAGCCUCCUUAGUCCAGACCUUAUUGCCGUCAUCCACUGACGUUUCUAGCCUGACUAGCGGGCAGUUACUCUGUGGCGGUUUAUUCUCGUCUGACGUGCUGUCAAACUGGUUCUCGUCUGUGGCACUGAUGCACGCGCUCAUAGACAAUAAUGCGCAGAAGGAGCAGUUGUUGCGAGUGUUGCUAGCUACGAAUAUUGGGAGUUCGCCGGUCAGUUUGCUGCAUCAGUGCACGGUGUUGCUGCAACAGAGCACUAAGUUGCAGUCUAAGGUGGCGCUACUAAUGCUGCUCUCCCAAUGGAUGUCGAACUGCCCCCCCGCAGUAUCCGCCUUCCUGCGUGCGCCCGGGGCCGUCGGCUACUUAGUGACACAGACAUGCUCCAAUGAACAUGACGAGAACGAGUACUUGUUGCAAGGAAUGAGCGCGUUCUUGUUGGCCAUUUGUAUACAUUUUAACGAUGACUCGGUGGAUAAUUAUUCUAAGGACUCGCUAAAGCAACUACUAGUGAAACGCAUCGGCAUGGAGACGUUCUCGGCGAAGCUCAGCGAGGUGUCCCGCCACGAGGCGUACAGCCGCGCCGCCAAGCACCCGCAACUCAAGGUCAAGGCCGCGUCCGAUAUACUCAUUGAUUAUGAGUUUUGCAAGCUGUUUAAGGGGCUGGAAAGUGUCCUAAUCCAGAGCCUCACCGUGGUCCAAACCAACGGCGACACGGAAGAGGACACGGAGUCCCUCGCGCAGUACAAGAGCCUGAUCCGGCAGCAGGACGCGCGCCUGCACGAGCUGCUGCAGCAGCUGGCGGCCGAGACGCAGCGGGGGCACAAGCUGCAGGCUGCGCUAACCGACGCGACAUCAGAAAACUCCCGUCUCAAGGACGAAAACACUCUCCUCAAAGCUCAACUGUCAACCGCAGCGUCGAUACAACCAGCGCCAUCUGUUGACGCGAACAUUCAACUAGAAUACCAACAGAAAGUCUCUGCGUUGACGGAUGAGGUGAACCGGCUAAAUGCGGUGAAUCACGCGGCGAACGAAGAGCUAGCGAGGACUAAGAAGGAUCAAGACGAUUUGUUGGAGCUUUUGGCUGACCAGGACUCAAAACUAAACGAGUACAAGAUGCGUCUGCUCUCCCUCGGGCAGCCAGUUGAAGACGACUUGCCGACAGAAGCGGAGCAGAGCCUUGCGUAGUCUCUACUGGCCGCCAGGAGAGCGCCCAGUCUUUUGAGAACUUGUACAGGGUGGUGAGAAAAGGUUGGGUAUGGUGAGAAGAAAAGGGGUGACUCAGGAGGUCAACUUUUGAUCCAAGACUCUCGCUUCGUUUCUCCAUAGAAAUUUUGUUGAUGAUUUUUACUAGGGAGAGUAGGGAAAGCAAAAGUAGUUCGGAAUGACCUCUGAGUCACCCCUUUUCUGCUUACUCUACCUAGUCUACCUACCACUUUGCUACACCCUGUUGAAAGUCGUCGGUUUAUGUGCGGACUGCAAUGAGUCCAAAGACAAUUAUUACUAGAGUUGCAGAAAUAUAGGUGUCGCUUGUGAGUUCGUUAGCCGAGGGUGACAGUGGAUAGUUACGGGCUGAUGAUGAAGUUAAAUAAUAGACUAGUCCUUGCCAGGAUAAUGUACAUGUACCUAUAGUUCAACCAAUUAAUCAGUCAGCCCCAUAAGUAGCUUUUGUAAUUCAUAAACCGCUUGAAAUUCAUUUGACAAGGCAUAAAAAUGUAUAGCUACUUAUGAAUCUGACUGUACACUACCGUCUAUGUAUAUUUUGAACGAUACUGAAGAAAUUUAAUACUUACAUUUUACUUAUGUAAGUCAGUAGCAGGUGUUUAAUUACAUGGUCUCAUAAAUUCCUGUACCUGGCCGAAUAUAACUAUUGCCACCUUGCGUUUGUUUAAUGCAGUAAGAAACUUGUUUUAGGACUCGAAUUGAAAUGACGAAGAGACAUAAAAGCGGCCUUUAACUAUAAUAUUAGUAAACAAAUAAUUAUGUAAAUACAUUUAAACGCCAAAAUACUAUACUUUUUCUGUGUUUCUUACCGUUAUAGUUAUUGUCUGAAUAUUUGUAUGUACCACACAAUGUUAAACAAAUUAUGUCAGAAACAGAAAAAUAAGUAGGUAUGCAUUGAUUUUCAUUUCACAAAAUAAGAAAGUUUUGGUACCCUACGGUUGAAUGUAUGUAUCUAAAAGUAUUAUUUAUGAUUUUGAAUGCUGAAAUAAAACUCGCUAUUUUCCAACAAUUGUAAUUUAUUAAGAUUAAGUUAUACAUAAAGAAUGUUAUUAUUAUAUUGUGUUUGUUUUAAUAUUAAAAUACAUAAUGUGUUUAUUAUUAUGAAAUAUAGAUUGUUUAAAUUAUAA